UUUUAAUUAGACUCUAAUACGGAAUAACCCAAAAGGAAAAAAAGAGUUUCCGGCCGAUAGCCCCUUUUAUCAGUGUAGGAGUUCCGGCGUAUAUACAGUCCCUCUUUAGCUCUCUCCGAUGAGAUGGAAUCGUAUGAAUCAAAGCAGUCCUCAAGUUGCAGGUUAGAAUGCUUUAGUUGAACUUUUAGUCUGGAGUCACAUGAGUCGAAACACUACCUCAAGUCACCAACUGGACCAGAACUAUGAUUGCUACUCGUGGUGCUCACCGAUUCUCCAAAAAGCUUCAGCCUUUUCAGGGGUUUCCUCUCAAGAGCUGUUGUUGGUUUAGCAGAACUAUAAUUAACCAUGUUCAUUCCUUUACGCAAUCCAAACAAAGGAGACCUGUACGACGAGUUAAUAGAUUGCCGAGCAAGUCUACCAAAUCUGUUCCGAAGCAAGACAUAGAUCUCCCUAAAGUUUUCAUGAGGGAUACAGUAACAAGAAUAUCACAUAUACUGAGAUUUUCAACUUGGGAUUCUGCUCAAGAGCAGUUGAUGGAACUUCCCAUAAAAUGGGAUUCCUACACAGUUAAUCAAGUUCUCAAGACCCAUCCUCCUAUGGAGAAAGCCUGGUUGUUUUUCAGUUGGGCCUCUAAGUUGAAAGGCUUUAAGCAUGACCAGUUUACCUACACGACUAUGUUGGAUAUAUUUGGGGAAGCUGGGAGGAUUUCAUCCAUGAACUAUAUCUUUCAGCAGAUGCAACACAAAGGAAUCAAGAUAGAUGCAGUGACAUAUACAUCCCUUCUUCACUGGCUUUCCGACCAUGGGGACAUUAACGAGUCAAUUAAAUUAUGGCAGGAUAUGAAAGAUAAAGGAUGUGCUCCUAAUGUUGUUUGCUACACUGCAUACAUGAAAGGUUUGUUUGAUCAUAAUCGAGUUAAGGAAGGAGCCAAGAUAUACAAGGAGAUGCUUCAAUCUGGUUGUUCUCCCAACUGCCACACAUACACUGUCCUUAUGGAGCAUCUUGCUAGUUCUGGAAAAUUUGAUGGAGUUCUCGAGAUUUUCAGUAAAAUGCAAGAUGCAGGGGUCCAACCAGAUAAAGCUACAUGCAACAUCUUAGUGGGAAAAUGCUGCAAAGCUGGGGAAACACAGGCAAUGAUGAAAAUUCUUCACUACAUGAAGGAGAAUUUUCUUGUUCUGCGUUAUUCUGUCUAUCAAGAGGCUUUCCAGACGUUGAAGAUGGCUGGGGUGAGUGAUCGGCUGCUUAGGGAUGUUAACCGUCAUUUGUCCUUACAAAAUUUCAACCAAGAUCAGAUUGACGAAUCUGAUGGAAUUGCUGAAAGUAGUUGCUUUACUUUGGAUGAUAGGAUGAUUUUGUACUUGUUGAAUAAAAAAAGUCUUCUUGCUGUUGAUUACCUACUAGAUGGCUUGAUGAAUAAGCGUCUCAAAUUGGAUCCUGGAAUAGUUUCAACUGUAGUUGAGGUAAACUGUAGCUGUGGUAGAGUAAAUGGCGCCUUUUUGGCCUUCGAAGUCAGUGUGAAAUUGGGCAUAACCAUUGACAGAAUUACGUACCUCACCAUGGUGGGAGAACUUAUUAGAACAAAUUCCUUUUCAAGGGUUGUGGACAUUGUUGAAGCAAUGGUUGGGGCAGGCCUGUCAUUAGGGUCAGAAUUAACUGCUCUUCUGAUUCAUCGGCUUGGCUGCGCUAGAGAGCCUGCUUCUGCUGAAAAGUUAUUUAGCAUCUUACCUGAUCAGCAGAAGAGUAUUGCUGUAUAUACUGCUUUAAUAAACACCUACUUCACCUUUGGGAAUUCUGAUAAAGGGCUUGAAAUAUUCGAAACCAUGAGAAAGCAAGGGAUAAAUCUGGCAUUAAGUACUUAUUGUGUCCUAUUGUAUGGUCUUGAAAGAAAUGGAUUAUUUGAUAAACUACAAUCUUAUAGGAAAGAAAAAAAGAGAUUUGAAUCUGAAAGCUGCAGUAGGGAAAUGUCAAUGGAGGAAACAAUCUGCGAUCUUCUUUUUGCUGGAAAUUUCGACAGUUGAGAUGCUAGAUAUGGGUAUCUGGAAACUUUUCAUGAUUGAUUUGGAGUAUUUGGAGUACAAAUUAGUUGUUGGUACGUUGCUUGUGCUGUCUAUUGUGUGUUUGAAUUUACAGAAAUGGGGUUUGCUUAGUACGGAAUCCCGCAUACUGAAACAGAAUGCGGGAUAGGUAAUCUCGUAUGGAUCAUAUUAAAACGUUCUCUCUUUGACAAGUUCAGCUUAUCUUUAGAAGCUGUAGCAGCUGAAUGAUUGGUCAAAUGGGCUUGAUAGCUCGAUUAUUCUCCUGCAACAUUAUGGCCUUAAAGAGGAAACACGGGUAGAGUAUUUCAGGGGAAAAGAUUUUGUCGCUUUUGUGAGAAAUCAUUCAGAACUUAAAGACAUACUAGAGUCAGAUAAAGGUUUGGAGCCUGAAGAUAUUGCCAACUCGCUGCUUCAAAGAAUCUUUAGUCCGCUGUGAACGUGUGGGGAAAACUGUUCGACCUGGGAAGAAAAAACUAUCUCCUUGGCCAGCACAUUUAGAGAUAUACCAUUCUGUGGUUCUGCUGACACAUAUAUUUAUGGUCCUAUCAUAUCCGUGACCAAUGAGUAUGACAUAGAUGUGGAUCCUCUAUACAUUUCAAAAUACAGUGAGAACAUCCUAAAAAUUGUACAUGCUAUGUGGAGAAUGGAUGAAUGGUAGGGUUACUGAGCUAACUCUUGUGCUAGAAGAAUCACAAAAAGAAUAGUCUGUUAUUCAUAAGAGCUUUAAUCAUUGGUGCUAUUUGGGUACUUUCUGGGAAGCGUGUAUUGUUUUUCCUUAACAUUCUGGCCGAGGAAGCAACACUGCAAGAUUUGUUCCAAGUUUGGCCUCAGACGGAUGAAGG